AUGUGUACAAUACCACCAGCGCCACCACCGCCACCACCGCCGCCACCUUCUGUUCCUCUAAGUUCGCCAGAUAAAUCUUCUGACAGUUCGCCAACUUUCAGCUACUCGGAUGUUUGUGAGUGGGCUGCCCAUGAACCCCAACUAAGGGAAGUAUGUGCAAAAAAUAAUCUCUGCUUACAUGAGACUCCAUUUCAUUUUAAAUACAAACAUUUUGAAUCUAUUAUCCAAAUAGGACCUACAUGUGGAUUAGUUGCGCUUUCAAUGCUUUUGAAUGGGGAAGUAGCCCCUGAAGAGCUGUUAAAUAUCACUAAAAUGGAAGGAUACAGUAAUAAUGGAGAAAUGUUUAGUUGCAAAAAUAUGGCAAAGUUGGCAGAGAAGGCCAUUAGUUUGGCUGAUAUUGAAAAUAUAAAUUAUUAUGUAAAAACAGGGGGCUUAUUUACAGAAGAGGUUAUACUUGAACUCCUAAAUGGGGCUGUGUUGUUGGUUCCGUAUGAUGCAGACUUCAAUCAUGCUCCCUGUUUAAGGCAUGGCCAUACAGCUCACUGGGCUCUGAUCUGCGGCAUAGUUGUAAUUUCGGACCCUGGAAAAAAUUAUGUGGCUAACCCUAAAAAUGUAUAUGUUUUAUGUCGUCAUGGGAAGUCAAGAUUUCUUACUGCCUGGACACUUGAAGCAUUAGAUAAAAGUAAUAAAAAUUUAUGGGAGUUUUCACCCAAGAAACAAGAGGAUGGAUUAUUAUAUGUUCUUCCUGAAGGUGGGAUAGGUGGGGAAAAUGGCCUAAGAGAUCAGUUUUUAAUAUUUAAUGGUUUA